AUGAAGCGGCCCCUGGCGCAAGACGACCCGGCUUUGACAUUGGACGCGACUCUGGGGUCGGGCGACGCCUUCUCAGAUAUACUGGCGCAGGUGCAGCAGUUGUUCAAGUCUUUCCAAACCACAGACGAGGAAACAACGCAGCAGAUGAUGGCGGUCGUGGAACAGACGAUGAACCAAGAGCUGGAGGCUUAUGUGGAGCGCGGUAGGACGGCCGUGCGCAAAAGAGUGCAAAACGGAGACGAGUUUGCCGUGCUCAAUCGCUGGAGUGAAGCCCUGCUCAAAAAACUCCCACCAGACGACCUUCGGACUACCAUCCUCUCAGCCCUUUCGCUCCGCCAAAUGCUCGUCUUCAUCGAGAGAUGCAUGGAGGAAGCGCCCGCAGACCCCAGUCUCUUCCCCGGCCUCUUCAGGUGGCUCUCCGACCUGUCGCACGUGUGUGUCACCUUCACCCAAAAGAUCGCCCAACUCAAUACCGACUCACCCACACUCUACGCACUCAUCACUGGCCUCCUAUGCGACGCCGCACUCUCUAGCAUACGCACCCUCCAUCUACCGCCUAUCCAAAACCCAGCCGUCCCACCCAAAAAGAUGAAAUUCAACGAGAAAGUUGGAGGACAACUCUUGUCCUUCAUCACCGACAUUCUCGCCAACCCCAUUGUGCUCAACAGCGUCAAGUCCAAUAUAGUCAAAACCUUUGCCAGGUUGUUGGCUGAUAAUAUUUUCGCGGAUCUGUCAUGGAGGCCUGGUGUGAAGGCGGCGGUUGGCAGAAUUGUGAGUUUCUGCUUUAAUCGGGCUUUGGAGGUUCCCUCUGGGCCACAGGAAUUGGACUACGUGUUAUUUGUGGUCAUGGCUGUAUGGAAAGAAAUUCGAAUUGAAGGAGUGGCGGAUUUAACAGCAGAGUUGUAUGGUCGUUUGAACACGUGUGUGGAAGAGUUGGAGAAUAGUCGCGAGUAUAAACCGAAUGUGUCCGCAAGUGGUCUAGGUCAAGUGUUGCACUUUAUAGCUGUAUGGUAUUCGCUCGGAACGGACACGAAAGGGAGUUUGCAUGCGGGAUACCGGACGUUGACGGUGGACAUCCAAGAGCAUUUCCAGGCGUUGGAGCGGUUGGCAUCAGUGAGUCGGCGUUCUGCGGAGUGUUUCCUGGCGGUCUGCAUCCACUUAACGGAGUUGUUGGAGACUUCCGCGGACAUCUCCCAGUUCUCGACCGUGAUUGGCCGAGUGGUCCAGAAGUUGUUUGUGGACGGCCAAGAUGCGUCGACAUUGUUUCCGCUUUUUGCAGCCCACUACGGUGCUAUUCGGUGCACCUCGGGCACGACUGACAUGUCUCUGGGGGCCGUGUCUCCGAGCGCGUUCGAACAACGGCUCCGUGCGGGUUAUUUCUGCACCAGCUCUUUCAGGGACGACUGGUCACCCAACCCAGUCGUCCAGUUGUUAGCAUCGGUCAGUGCCGCCUGUCCCUCCGUUUGGUUCACGGCGAGUGAGAGUACAAUUGGCGCGAGUCUUUUCGGCGAAGGAGGCAUUAGGUCUCUUCACCACGAAGUGAAACUCGGCUUUCGAGUCAAGCACCGAUUGCUAAGCUUAUUGCGGAAGUUAGCCGAUGUUGUUUGCGGCAAGUCUCCAGAGCAGCUGUCGGCUGAAGGCGAGCAAGAUGGCCCGGACAGGUUGCUCGGCGUAAUGAAUGAUCGCACACACAGCAAGAUGUGUCAGGACAUUCUCAAAUCGUUAAUCAUCGUGCACACGGUCGUCGGAGCCUACGGCAAGGACGAGACCGAAAACGAAUUGGUGGCCGUCAGCUGGUGGCUUUACAACGGACUGAACGCGGACCUGGCGAGCGACAACGUCGGCUACACGUUGCGAGCAAUAAGUUUAUACGACAAGCAGAUCAUUCAGCAAGUGGACGUAGAAAAAGUGGCAACGCACCUCCAGAGGUUACGGAGAAUACUCUUCACCGACAGAGCAGCCGCCUUGUACAUGCUCCUGCUUGCGCUCGGCUGUCUCACAAACGUUUUGCUAGUGGAUCGUCUAGUCAUCACCAACCCCCAUAGUGUCUUUGCUGCUGGUCUCAACGGCGAGCACCAAUUGGUCUCAAGCCUCGCUUUUGAUGGCGGCGCGGAGGCGCUUGCUCAGGCGGUCGCUACUCCACAAGCUUACCUGCCGUCGAUCGCUGUGCUCUGUCAUAUGUGGAAGAACCGAAUUUUUCAGUCUCAUGUGCGAUUCCGGGUGCCGCAAGGCACUCGGGACUUACUGCGACUCCUGGAGCGCAAGACGUCUUGGGUCAGCUCCAAGCUGUCCUCCACUCUGGACCUAAGCACUCUAUUGCCCGAGCCAAUAGUGGCUGAAGCGCCGCAGACAGAGGCGCAGCUGACCAGAAGCUCCGAGGUCAUCAUGCAGGUCGCCCCCACCUACCCCCAUGACCAACCGACUCUCCCAGUGGACACCAGGAUGAACGCAGGACCAGACAUGAUCCUGGGACCGGGCAUGACCGGUGGCAUGGACAUGGGAGUCCCUACCGUAGGAAUGAUACAUUCGCUCUUCAACGGAAAACCGGCCUACGGGUACGCGCAGAUGUAUGCACCGGUUCAGGAGGAAGAGGAGGAGCAGGAGUCGGAGGAAGACUCAGUAAAUGGUAAUUACAUCGGCGCUUAUCCUAACCCGCAGGACGGCUCAGCAGAUUUAGUCGGCCAAGCAAGCAAUGAUGACGACCUAGCGGAUGAAGACCUAGCGGAUGAAGACCUGGCAGAUGAAGACAUAGGAGAUUCUGACGAUCUGAUGAGGGAUGGAACAGAUCUGAUUGAGAGUGACCAGCUGAACGACGGAGAAGUCUCCGGAUAUUCUGACAAUCCGUACGAGGGUGACGAGGGUUCAGAGUAUUCCACGAGCUCACACGGCGGCGUGAAUUUUUUCGGGUAA